AUGAUUGAGUGCUGUAAUAUGAUAUACAACAACUGGAUGAUACUUUCUUGAUCUGUUCCCAAUUCAACUGUUGAUGGAUGAAUAAUCUUGGAUGAUUUGUAGAUGAUGAUGAUGGUGGUGAUUGUUCCUAUCACUCUCUUAUGAUGAACUCGAUGAUGGAUCAAAUCUAUUUAGCUUGCAGCAACUCUUGCUUGUGAUGUGAGAGAUUGGCCACAAGCUUUAUCUAAUAUGAGUGACUGUGUUUCUCAAUUCUUGAGCUGGUUCCGCAGAGAGAAGGUCGAAGAGAAUCCUGAGGUUUCCAAGGAUUAUGAGACGGUGGAUGAGACCAUUCUCUUGACUUACCGCAAACUAAGCCGUAGAAUUAGAAGAAGCAUCUUUGAUCAUCAGACCCUGAAUGACAGUGACCUGACGAAUGAAGAAUGGCGUAAUGGUGCACAUCCCUUUGAUGAAGCUGUAAUACUGUCCUUUGAGUUUAGGUCACAGAUGACCAUUCAACCAGGUUGUAAUAAUUUUUAUCUCGCAGCAGGGGCUGGUGGUGCUUUUACUUACAAAGAUUUACAAAAGGACAGCAGUAGGAGUGGUGAGAAGAGUCACGGUGAUAUUGUGAAUGGAGUGGAGCUUGAUAAGAACCAGAGGAGUUCAAGCCCUACUCUAAAAGAAUGUCUUCCACCUCGUCCUCAACGUAAGAAGAGCCCUAGUCCCUUUCCUUCCAGUUCUGCCUACCCCAGUCUCCGUAGGCUGGCCUUGAAGAACAGGACUAAUGCCUUUCAUAUCCCUGAUAUGAUAUCAUCUCAAGACAAAGGAGACAUGUCCUUCUUCCCAACUGAAUCUCCUAUCUAUGGAGGGGGCCAGAUCAAGAUCAGUUUUGGACCAGGUACUCACCCUCCUGAUGAGGAUGCUGAGGUAUUCCUCGUCUUUGAAGGUCUAAAUCGACGUCAUGUGACCUCUGCCAAGCGUAGUGCUUUCAAGUCUUAUAUCGGCAUCAUACCAGGUCACGACACUUUUGAGGCUGUAUCAUUGACUGUGUGUUCUCUUCAAAGUGGAUGUUCUACUGUGGAGUUGAGGGCACUUUUCAAUGGAAGUUUCAUUUUUGUGCCAGAUUCUACUUUCUAUUUAACUCAGUUCUUGAUCAGUAGUGUUUGGGACCCAGACUCAUUAGACAAUCCAGCUAGGAUUAAAGGAGAAAAUUUCAAUCUAUGUGAGGAAGAUUUCCCUAAUCUUGAUGGGAGAAUAACCUGUGCAUUCAAGCAUAUAGAACGACCGCCAUCUUGGAAGAUUGUAACAGACUCACCUCGGAUUGAUCAGAGUAAGUUUUAUUUGUAUUUGAUAUUCCUCUUCAAACAUCACAUGGAAUCUUUACUUUGAGACAAAUGAAAAAAACCUGAAGUAGCUUCUAACCUAGGGGAAAUAAAGAGGUGUAGAUGCAGUUAAAACAUUCAGGAUAAAGUGACAAGAUUUUUAUGGUUUAUUCCAAGGGAUUGUAAUGCAGAGCACGAAAGAAAAAUGGAAAGUAAGGAGAGAGUACGGAGAAUGGAAUUCUUUCUUAAUUGAGAAUUAACUUUAAUAUCAACUUUGAAAUUGAGAACACUAGCAAAAACUGUUAUCAAACAUGGUGGUAUGUGGUUUGUAUUGAUUAAAUAGUGCAGCAUUAGAUCCACACAUCCAAACAUAAUUGAAACUCUUGCAUUAAUGUCUUUAAAAGGAGCUACGUGGUCAUUCCCAUGGGUCAAGCUUGCUUAUAAAUAGAAUGUGAUUGCUAUGCAUCAUUUGGACGUGGAGGAUUUCAUGUCGUCAUGAGAGAGAGAGAGAGAGCAAUGAUGUAUCUAUUAUCUGAAGGUCACGUGAAAUCACAUUAGUCUGUCUGAGAAUAUUAAUGUUCACUGUGCCAUGAAAUCCUUGAACAUAACCCGUGCAAAUAAUUAUUAGAAGAGUUCUGGUGAACCUGGGGAUCUUUCCAGGGAAUAUCACUUGAGUUUUCCUUUCUCUAGAGGGUUACGAUAUCCUUGGUAUUGAUUUGAGCACAGGAUACAAAUAACAAGAUCAUAAGCAACCUACUUUAGGGGGAAACCAUGAUUUUCAACAAAAUAUGACACCGUUCUCACUACAGUCCUAAAACUAGUUUAGUGGAAACUAGUUUAACAUGUAA